CGGGGGCGGGUAAGAAAAUGGCGGCUUCCAGUUAGAGCUGCAGUUGCUGAAGCACCUGUCAGAGGAAGAAUUCUGAGCUGUGAGAACCGAAGCGAUAAUUCGCUUCGGAAUAACUGCGGAACCCUGGCGGAAGAAAGGUUAACGUGUCUUCUGAGUGGGGUCUCCAGUUUGAACUUGAGAGCCCCAACCAUGGAGUCAGCAGAAUCGGGAACUGCUGCAGAUGAGGAGGAGGAACGGGUGAUGGAGCAAAGGCCUCGGACCCGAUCCAACCCAGAGGGAGCCGAAGACCGAGCCCUGAGUGCCCAAGCCAGCGUGGGAAAUCGGAGUGAAGGGGAGGGUGAGGCAGCCAGUGCCGAUGACAGUCCACAGAAUCCACCUAGCACCAAUGGCAAGCCCUGGCAGGUGCCACCACAGACUCCAGAAUUUCAGGUCCGGACUCCCAGGGUCAAUUGCCCAGAGAAGGUGAUCAUAUGCCUGGACUUGUCGGAGGAAAUGUCUUUGCCAAAACUGGAAUCGUUUAAUGGCUCAAAGACCAAUGCCUUGAACGUGUCCCAGAAGAUGAUUGAGAUGUUUGUUCGGACAAAACACAAGAUUGACAAGUGCCAUGAGUUUGCCCUGGUGGUGGUAAAUGAUGAUACUACCUGGCUCUCAGGCUUGACUUCUGACCCCAGGGAGCUGUGCAGCUGCCUCUACGACCUCGAAACCGCUACUUGCAUGGCCUUCAACUUGGACAGCCUGUUCAAUCUUAUACAGCAGAAGAUUGAGCUUCCAGUCACAGACAAUGUCCAGACCAUCCCACCACCUUACGUAGUGCGGACCAUCUUGGUGUACAGUCGCCCUGCCUGCCAGGCCCAGUUUGCCAUGGUGGAACCCAUAAAGAAGAUGCUUCAGUGUCCAUAUUUCUUUUUUGAUGUGGUAUAUAUCCACAAUGGAACUGAGGAAAAAGAAGAAGAGACCAGCUGGAAGGACACAUACGCCCUCUUUGGAGGCCUGGAUUCCAAAGGCACCAGCUACAAGUAUGAGGUCUCGCUGUCAGGGCCAGCUGUGGAGCUGCACAACUGCAUGGCCAAACUCCUGGCCCACCCUUUGCAGAGGCCUUUCCAGACACAUGCCUCCUACAGCCUCUUGGAGGAAGAAGAGCCUGCAGAAAUGGAAGCCACUGUUUGAGGCACUUUGUUCUUCACCUGGGAUGACCCCAUCUACAGACCUGGAAAGAGGGUCAUUAAAAACAGUGAUUAUGGCCCUAGUGGAAAUGGUGGCUCUUGAGGGAGGUCUAAUUAAUGACUGAUCUGGGCCUGUCUUGCCACAAUGUUAAAUGCAGCCUGUGGGCCACGUGGUUAUGAAUUUUGACUCUAUAUUAAACCGUCAGUAUUUUGUCCUGGA